CGAGAUGCGAGCGCGGCGGCUCUGGGCCGCUGUGCUGGUGCUGGGGGCGCUGGCGGGCGUCGGCGUCGGAGGGCCCAACAUCUGUAUCACACGAGGCGUGAGCUCCUGCCAACAAUGUCUGGCUGUGAGUCCCAUGUGUGCCUGGUGCUCAGAUGAGGCCCUGCCUCUGGGCUCACCCCGCUGUAACCUGAAGGAGAAUCUGCUGAAGGAUAACUGUGCCCCGGAGUCCAUCGAGUUCCCUGUCAGUGAUGCCAGAAUCCUGGAGGACAGGCCCCUCAGUGACAAGGGCUCUGGAGACAGCUCCCAGAUUACUCAAGUCAGUCCCCAGAGGAUUGCGCUCCACCUGCGGCCAGAUGAUUCGAAGAGUUUCUCCGUCCAAGUCCGGCAGGUGGAGGAUUACCCCGUGGACAUCUACUACUUGAUGGACCUGUCUUACUCCAUGAAGGAUGAUCUGGGGAGCAUCCAGAACCUGGGUACCAAGCUGGCCUCCCAGAUGCGCAAACUCACCAGUAACCUGCGGAUUGGUUUCGGAGCCUUUGUGGACAAGCCUGUGUCUCCAUACAUGUUUAUCUCCCCACCAGAGGCCCUUAAAAACCCCUGCUAUGAUAUGAAGGCCACCUGUUUGCCCAUGUUUGGCUACAAACACGUGCUGACGCUAACUGACCAGGUGACCCGUUUCAAUGAGGAGGUGAAGAAGCAGAGUGUGUCACGGAACCGAGAUGCCCCAGAGGGUGGCUUUGAUGCCAUCAUGCAGGCUACAGUCUGUGAUGAGAAGAUUGGCUGGAGGAAUGAUGCAUCCCACUUGCUGGUGUUUACCACUGAUGCCAAGACCCAUAUAGCAUUGGAUGGAAGGCUGGCAGGCAUUGUCCAGCCCAAUGAUGGGCAGUGUCAUGUUGGCAGUGACAACCAUUACUCUGCCUCCACUACCAUGGAUUAUCCCUCUCUGGGGCUGAUGACUGAGAAGCUAUCCCAGAAAAACAUCAAUUUGAUCUUUGCAGUGACUGAAAAUGUAGUCAAUCUCUACCAGAACUAUAGUGAGCUUAUCCCGGGGACCACAGUGGGGAUUCUGUCUGCCAAUUCCAGCAAUGUCCUUCAGCUCAUUGUUGAUGCUUAUGGGAAAAUCCGCUCUAAAGUAGAGCUGGAAGUGCGUGAUCUCCCUGAGGAGUUGUCUCUAUCCUUCAACGCCACCUGUCUCAACAACGAGGUCAUCCCAGGCCUCAAGUCUUGUGUUGGACUCAAGAUUGGAGACACGGUGAGCUUCAGCAUUGAGGCCAAGGUGCGUGGCUGCCCCCAGGAGAAGGAGAAGUCCUUCACCAUCAAGCCUGUGGGCUUCAAAGACAGCCUCACCAUCCAGGUCGCCUUCGACUGCGACUGUGACUGCCAGGCCCAGGCUGAGCCUCACAGCCACCGCUGCAACAACGGCAAUGGGACCUUUGAGUGUGGGGUGUGCCGCUGCGGGCCUGGCUGGCUGGGGUCCCAGUGCGAGUGCUCGGAAGAGGACUACCACCCCUCCCAGCAGGAUGAGUGCAGCCCCCGGGAGGGCCAGCCCAUCUGCAGCCAGCGGGGAGAGUGCCUCUGUGGCCAGUGCGUCUGCCAUACCAGUGACUUUGGCAAGAUCACGGGCAAGUACUGUGAGUGUGAUGACUUCUCCUGUGUCCGCUACAAGGGGGAGUUGUGCUCAGGUCAUGGCCAGUGCAGCUGUGGGGACUGCCUGUGUGACUCCGACUGGACCGGCUACUACUGCAACUGUACCACGCGCACUGACACCUGCAUGUCCAGCAACGGGCUGCUGUGCAGUGGCCGGGGCAAGUGCGAAUGUGGCAGCUGCCUCUGCAUCCAGCCAGGCUCCUACGGGGACACCUGUGAGAAGUGUCCCACCUGCCCUGAUGCCUGCACCUUUAAGAAGGAGUGUGUGGAGUGUAAGAAGUUUAACCGGGGAGCUCUCUACGAGAAAAAUACCUGCACCCGUUACUGUCGUGAUGAGAUUGAGUCUGUGAAGGAGCUUAAGGAUACUGGCAAGGAUGCAGUGAAUUGUACCUACAAGAAUGAGGAUGACUGUGUUGUCAGAUUCCAGUACUAUGAAGACUCCAGUGGAAAGUCCAUCCUAUAUGUGGUAGAAGAGCCAGAGUGUCCCAAGGGUCCUGACAUCCUGGUGGUCCUUCUUUCAGUGAUGGGGGCCAUUCUGCUCAUCGGCCUUGCUACUCUGCUCAUCUGGAAGCUCCUCAUCACCAUCCAUGACCGGAAGGAGUUUGCUAAAUUUGAGGAAGAGAGAGCCAGAGCAAAAUGGGAUACAGCCAACAACCCACUGUAUAAAGAGGCCACAUCCACCUUCACCAAUGUCACCUACCGGGGCACUUAAUGAGAAGGAGUUGUCCUCAGAUCAUUACCAGACUGUCCCAGGAUUGUAGGCGUCUCUGCUGUCAUGUUUACAGGGGACAAUAUCUGUGGAGUGGGAU